AUGGACGAAGUACUUAAGAAGGAUGAGAAACUGGUGGUGGUUGGAGCAGGUGAUGUUGGGGAAGCUGCACUGACAAUCCAGCUCAUCCAGAACCACUUUGUAGAUGAAUAUUAUCCCACCAGGGAGGAUUUUUAGUGAACACAGGUGGUUAUAGAUGGUGAAACCUGUCUGUUGGAUAUACUGUAUACAACUGGUCAAGAAGAGUACAGUGCCAUGAGAGACCAAUACAAGAGGACAGGUAAAGACUUCCUCUGUGUAUUUUCCAUCAAUAAUAACAAAUCAUUUGCAGUAAUUAAUCUCUACAGGGAACAGAUUAAGCAAGUAAAAGACUCAGAGGGUGUACCUAUGGUGUUAGGAGGAAACAAGUGUGAUUUGUCAACAAGGAUAGUUGAAAGAAAACAAGCUCAUGAACUGGCCAAGAGUUAUGGGAUUCCACUCACUGAAAACUCAACCAAGACCAGAAGGUUGUUGAAGAUGCCUUUUUGUACACUGGUGAGAGAAAUAUGUAAGUAUCAAAUGAAGAAACUCAAUAGAAAUAAAGAUGGGACUCAAGGUUGUACGGGGUUACUAUGCAUGGUGAUACAACAAAUGCUUUUAAAGUUAUAG